AUGGGGGCCCCAGAACUCGCCCCACAGCCGCCCCAGCCCGAGGGAACUGCCCCCGAGGCUGCUGCUGCUGCUGCUGCUGCUGCUGCUGCUGCUGCUGCUGCGCCCCCAGAAGCUGCAGCAGAUCCAAAAAACAAAAGUGACGGGGAAGCUCCCCGUUCGCCGCGGCCGGUCAUUCCACUCUCGGGGCUUGCUGCUCUUGCUGCUGACGCAGGGCGAAAGCUGAAUACCCAGCCAGCUCCUGUCUAUGAAGGAAGCGGCACAGUGGGGGCUGGCGGAAGCCCAGCAGCAGCAGCAGCAGCAGCAGCAGCAGCAGCAGCAGGAGCAGCAGCAGCAGCAGGCUCUUCUCCAAGGCCUUACGGUGGCCCGCCCGGCGCAGGGGCGUCACCAGUGGUUGGGGGCGUCCGCGUUAUGCCGACAGCAGACGCAGAAGUCCAGCGGAUCCUGUGA